AAUAAUAUUUAUGGAAGCUUACAGAAACCCUGCUUCCAUGGAGUACCAGGCUCUGGCCAUCAACAUCAGUAUUGAGCUGACUCGAGUCUACCAGGACAUUUAUAGGACCAACUUCCUCAGAACCUUUGUGAUGGGAUUCUGGCCUGGGUCAGUGGGUGUGGAUACGCAACUUAUUUUUACAAAUGAGUCUGUUAUUCCAAAUGCAACGAGCAUUGAAGACAAUCUUAAGACAGGAAUUAAUGAAUUAAAAGUGUUCCUUGGUUCUGUGAAUAUUUCCAGUGUCGUUGUGAAAGAAAACUCAUCCUUUAACACCAGCACAAUUGUUCCUCCUGGUACCAUAAACACCACUGUCUCUACUGAUCUGUCAAGCACACCUGUGUCUAAUCAUUUGGAUACUACAAUUUCAACCAUUUCAUCAAUCACAACUGCUCCAGCUGACCAUUCAAGCAGCACAGUUCAUAUUGAUUUAACAAGCACAAGUGCUUCUACAGUUAUUUCAAAUGAUGUAAUUCCUACAGAUGUAUCAAAUACAACAUUUCUUUCUAGUUCAUCUGGCACUACAGUAUCUGUAUCUAGUGCAGCUGCUAAUAAGAUCACCACAUCUGUAAUAUUUGCGAACUCAACACACUCUAAAGUUAUCACCACCUCAACCACGUCUUCACAGCCAACCAGUCUUCGAUCAAAUAAAACCACCACAGCAACCACUCAUCCAUCAACUAAAACUACCACAACAACCACAACAACCACAACAACCACUCAUCCAUCGACUAAAGCUACCACAACAACCACUCAUCGAUCAACUGCAACUACCACAAGUCCAGCAAGGCCAGGCGAGAGAUUCGUUAUUCUGCAGUUCCGUUUAGAAAUAAUAUUUAUGGAAGCUUACAGAAACCCUGCUUCCAUGGAGUACCAGGCUCUGGCCAUCAGCAUCAGUAUUGAGCUGACUCGAAUCUGCCAGGACAUUUAUGGGACCAACUUCCUCAGAACCUUUGUGAUGAGAUUCUGGUCUGGUUCAGUUGGUGUGGAUACAGAACUUAUUUUUAAAAAUGAGACUGUGCUUCCAAAGGCAAGAGUUAUUGAAAAUCAUCUUAAGGAAUCAAUUACUGAAUCAAGAGGGAUCCUUGGUCCUGUGAUUCCUUCCAGUAUCAUUGUUGUGGAACAGCAAGAUUCAACCACCCAGGCACCACAAAAUGUUCCUGCAACACAAAUAUCUUCUGCUGUUACACCGGUUCUGUCUAGUAUGUUGUUCCUGCUUUUGCUUCUGCUAUGGAAUGAAACUCUGUAAACUCUGCAAUAUUUUUCUCCAUGUGUCACAUACUAAGAUAUUAAGAAAACU